GUGAAUCACGCUGAACCUCAUCAACUCAACAAAUUUCCUCUCGAGAACCGACUCACGAUGGCCUCAACUUCAGCCUCAGCCAUCCCACACCAUCGGAUCAGGAACGUCUGCAUUUUAGCUCAUGUGGACCAUGGCAAAUCGAGUUAUGCAGACUCUCUCCUGGCGGCCAACAACAUCAUCACCCCGAAGAUGGCCGGCAAGCUGCGAUACUUGGACUCAAGACCGGACGAACAAGAACGAGGGAUCACCAUGAAAUCCAGCGCCGUCUCUCUCUCAUAUGCCACCAUCCGAUUAAAUCCUGCGGGGGUUGAAGAACUCGAGCAAUUCAGGAUCAAUCUCAUCGAUACUCCAGGACAUGUCGAUUUCACCACCGAGGUCUCAACUGCUAGCCGAUUGUGUGACGGCGCUUUGGUCUUGGUUGAUGUGGUCGAAGGAGUUUGUACCCAAACUAUUUCCGUACUUCGUCAGGUUUGGAAUGAACAACUGAAACCAAUUCUCGUAAUUAACAAAGUUGAUCGUCUCAUUGUCGAGCUACGGUUAUCACCUACUGAGGCCUACUAUCAUCUAGUUAGAUUAGUCGAACAGGUGAAUGCAAUCAUGGGAUCCUUCUUCUUUACCGAUCGGAUGGAGCAAGAUCUCCGAUGGAGAGAGGCGGCCGAAAGAUCCGAACAACAACAAGAACAAUCCAGCUCGAUUCCUAACAAACAAUUCACAGAAACAGACGAUCAGGAUAUCUACUUUGAUCCGACGAAGGGAGACGUGAUCUUCUCAUCUGCAAUCGACAAUUGGUCUUUCAAUAUCGCUAGCUUUGCUACUCUCUGGUCAAAAAAAUUAGGCAUCGAACAAGCUAAACUUGAAUCAUGUCUCUGGGGCGAUUUCUUCUUCGAUCCGAAAUCUAAAAAAGUCUUGAAUAAGAAGCAAGCAACUCAAAAAGGCUCCCUCAAACCAAUGUUUGUUCAGUUCGUACUCGAUAACCUAUGGGCAGUUUACGACUCUGUUAUUCUCAACCCGGAUUCUAUUAAAACUGAAAAAAUUAUUCAGAGUUUAGGCCUCAAGAUUAGACUUCAAGAUCUCAAGUCCAAGGAUUCCAAAAACUUAUUGCUGGCGAUUUGCUCGCAAUGGCUUCCGAUCUCUAACACUACCUUCCGUACGAUCGUUGCUAAAGUUCCUGAUCCGAUCACAUCUCAAUCCACCCGACUCCCGAAGAUGCUAUAUCCCUAUCUGCCGGACUUGACCCAAGCUAUCCCUCACAGCGAGAUCGAACGCGACCUCUAUGCAGGCAAAUCAGACGAUUCUAGUCAUGUUGUCAUCUAUGUCAGUAAAAUGUUUGCAGUCCCGAUCAGCGAAUUGCCCCAGUUUCAACGCAAACAACUCACCGCCGAAGAAAUGAGGGAGAAGGGGAGGGCUGCUCGGGUUCGCGCUCAAGCCGCGUCUGCUUCUCAUGAUGCAGUCCCGCUGAACAUCACAGCUUCCACAGAAAUCGUCGGCGAGACCGGGCCAGUUCCCGAACCUCCUUCUGAAUUACCAUCAACAAGUCCUGCUCCUGCUCCUGAUGACCCAUCGACUCAGCCAGAAGAUUCGGCCAAUGUGAUUGAGGAAGCUUCACCUGAAGAAGGAGAAGCUUUGAUUGGAUUUGCACGAAUUUACUCGGGUACCGUCAAAGUCAACCAGAAAUUGACAUGUGUCCUACCCAAGUACAAUUCAACAAAUCCUACGCAAGUUAACUCUGCUCAUUUGAAGACUGUGACCAUCGAAAACCUUUACAUCAUCAUGGGAAGGUCAUUAGUCGAAACCUCAGAAGUUAGAGCUGGUCAUGUGUUUGGUAUCGGUGGUCUUGCAGGGAAAGUUUUGAGAAACGCGACGCUGUGUGGAGCGCUGGUCUCCAAGGCGAACCAAGACGAAGUGGACGACAAGCUGCCCGAACUAAUCAACUUGGCCGGAGUCCAACUCGCAUCCGCGCCGAUCGUCCGUGUUUCACUCGAACCUAAACAACCUUCAGAUAUGCCCAAGUUGGUUGAGGGGUUGAAACUCUUGAAUCAGUCUGAUCCUUGUGUCGAAACCCUGAUUCAAGAUACUGGCGAGCAUGUAAUCUUGACCGCGGGUGAACUCCAUCUAGAGCGAUGCUUGAGAGAUUUGAGAGAAAGGUUUGCAAAGAUCCGCAUUCAAGCUUCUAAACCAAUCGUGCCCUUCCGUGAGACCGCUGUUCGUGGCGUCGACAUGCCACCACCCAAGACCAAAGACCAGCCUCGAGGAACGAUCAGUGGGACCGUAUUGGGUGGCCUGAUUUCCUUCACUGUUCGCGCUAUACCCUUGCCUGAACCCAUCACGAGCUACCUAGCCAAGCAUUCCGAGAUGAUGAGAAAGAUUUCCCUGCGGCAAGAGCGCAAGUUGGAUCCGACGAACAGCUCGUCGGACUCGACGGGUGUUGGAUCGUUGCCUUCAAGCAACAUGGAGUCCAUGGGUCUCAUGAACGAUGUCCAGGAGUAUGAUCAGACCGCUAAUCUUGCUCAAGCUUCGAAUAACAAUUACGAUUCGGUCUUUUGGUCCGGACUUGAAGACGCCUGCAAAAGCUUGACCAAUUCGUCUGCAAACGAACUCGAUUUCGACACGUUGGUCGAUUCUAUUUGGGCUUUUGGUCCCAAAAGGAGUGGGCCAAAUCUGCUGUUAGAUAAGCUUCCCGGAUCAAUCCGAUCGUUGAGGAAACCUAACAGAUGCAACUCCCAGUCAUUGGUAAAAGAACAGGAGACAGAGCAGAAUGCGCAGAGUGGAACCGACCAGCUGAUGUCGAUGAGAGAGUUCGAUGAUUCGAUCGAAACCGCCUUCCAACUAGCCACCUUCAAAGGACCUUUAUGUGCCGAGCCGAUGUCGGGGAUGUGUUUCUCCAUCGAGGAUAUACAGAUCGGUGGAGAAGAUCUUGCGGGAUCGGUCGAAACGAUUCGUGCGAGAUGGUCGCAACUGACGGGCGAAUUGAUUUCGUCGGUCCAAGAAGCUUUCAGAAAUGCAUUCCUGGAUUGGUCGCCUCGAUUGAUGUUGGCGAUGUAUACCUGUGAGAUUCAAGCGACGACUGAAGUGUUGGGGAAAGUGUACGGAGUGAUUGCGCGAAGGAAAGGGGUGAUCAAAUCGGAGGAGAUCAAGGAUGGGACGACGUUCUAUACGAUUGGGGCCCGUCUGCCGAUCAUCGAAUCCUUCGGCUUCAACGACGAGCUCAUGAAGAAAACCUCCGGGAUCGCCCUGCCGCAGUUGAUCUUCGACGGCUUCGAAAUCCUCGUUGAUCUCGACCCCUUCUGGAUCCCUAAAACUGAUGAGGAAUUGGAAGACUUCGGCGCGCUUGCUGAUAAGGAAAACUUGCCUAGAAAGUAUAUGGAUCAAGUUAGGAAACGCAAGGGAAUGUUUGUUGAGAAAAAGAUCGUCCAACAUGCUGAAAAACAAAGAACGAUGAAGCGCUAAGGAUCCUAAUACAUAACUACAACCUCAUCUGUCUCCCUUCCCAAAGCGCUGAUCUUUUUAUUUUUUUCGCGCGAAGCAUCUUCUCAAAUUGUUUCUUAUCCCCAUCAACGGUGGAAGUCAUUGAUAACAUAUAGCUCCGACUUAGGCCUUUUAAACCGUUAUUUAUAUUUGCGUCUCAUUGGCACAGUUGUCAACUUGAAUAGAUUGAAAGGAAUGCAAGCCCAAGUGGCUGUCAUGGGGGAGCUUGUCACAUAACUGGUCAUGUGGCUGAGUUUC